UGCCGAACUUGAAACCCUUAUGUUUCGAUUUUUGCAUUUAGCUUUAUUGUCAGAAUUUUUGCCUGUCGAUGAUCGCAAUGAAGAACAAGUUAUCGGAUAUUUCUCGAAGGAAAAAAUCUCGUAUGAUAAUUACAAUCUAGCUUGUAUUCUUGUUUUUCCUCCCUAUCAAAGGCGAGG